ACUAAAGAGGUGGGAAAAAUCUAAAUAAACUAAUGAAUACAAGCACAAUUAAUCGAAAAAAACAAUGGGUUCAAUCGAACAACCUUAUUUAUAUGAUCCAUAUUUUAAAGCAUAUAUUGAAACUAGUAAUUAUAUAUGGUCCAAUACAUUUGGUAAUUGAACGCUCUUAUAAUUUAGUUAGUUUGAAUAUAAAAUACUAGCUCGUACACGAGAUCUGUUGUGAAUCUCCGGCGACUGCUUAUACUGCAUGUUCCCCGGCGUCUGCGCCGUAGCUUGGCCGCGGCUUUUGGGUAGAGACUGUGUUACUAUAUCACAAGAAAGCAGUUUACAGAAUAACCAGUAAUGGGACACCAGGUGUUCGAUGAAAUGUUUCAGAGGAAAAUCCAUACCAGAUAUAUAGCCGUUUAGCAAACCUCUGAGUUGGCGUUCGGCAAUGGCGUUUGCGAUCGUAAGAAGGGUCUUUCUUUCGAGAUCAACGACGAAUUCUCUGCUGUCAUCGCAGCGCAGUAGAUUCUCAACUUCAAGAGCGUCGACGUGUGUUGAUGACGACAUGAGACGUUCCGUCACUGACAGAAUCCAACUAUCGCCGCUGUUUCAAGAAACCAGCGAGGAUGGCAUCAAGGACUGCAGAAUCGAGCUCGUUGACGACUCGACGUGGAACGUGUCUUCUGGUUUAGCCGAUGCUUGGAGAGGCUGCAGCAGUGAGGCUGCAUCACUCAGAAUGAGGUCUCGUUUAGGUGAUCAUGAGUAUGACGACGAUGAGAGCGACGAGGGCGUGGUGGUUGGAUCCGUAGGUGCAACUGGAGAGGAUCUUGAUUUCGAUGAGAUUGAGGAUAUGAGGAUUCGUGGGAAGUUGUUCUAUAAGCUUGACCGGAGUUCUAAAGAGUACGAGGAGUACAAAUUCGACUUCCAUGGCAGGAAAUCCGCAAGGAAUGAGAGAGAUUGGAAGGGAACCAAGGAAGAUGCCAAGAAAGAAGAAUCAGUGUCAUCAAAUUUGAACAAGGAUCGUGUGAGAGAGAUGAAGAAGAGUGAACAAGUGUUGUGGUUGAGCAAGAAUUCGAGUUCAUGGGUUCAUCAAGUGGGAGAUGCAAGCAGCAGUGCUAACAAGAAGCAGAGGACUCCGACUUUCAAUCAGCUCACGGCUGCCUACCAUGAGCCUUUCUGUUUGGAUGUGUUCAUAUCCAAGGGCUCCGUUCGUGCUUGCAUCAUUCACCGCGCCACCAGCAACGUGGUGGUGGUGGCGCAUUCGAUCUCCAAGGACAUGAAGUUUGAUCUGGGGUCGACCAAGAACAAGGGCGCGUGUGCCGCGGUUGGGAGGAUCUUGGCACAGAGGGCGUUGGCUGACGACAUUCAUAAUGUGGUGUACACGCCGAGAAAGGGGGAGAGAGUGGAAGGGAAGCUGCAGAUUGUGGUGAAAUCUAUUGUUGAUGGUGGAGUUGAUGUGAAGGUCAAGCUUAAACAGAGGAGCUUCAAGCAACCAAAACACUUUCUGCCACACAAUUGACUUGGCAGGGAGGCGCCCUCGAUAGUCAACGUCUCAUCGCUUUGGAGUAGGAUUAAUCGUUGGGAUUCUUGGCGCAAUGGUGUUCCUGAUCUACAAAUUCCAAAGAAAGCGCUUGUCGGUGUACGAUAAAAUAGAAGCUUCCUACAGAGUGACAACAAACUCUCACCAAUCAGGCACUCAUAUUCAGAUAUAAAGAAGAUGACGAGAGGUUUUCCAGAAAAAACUAGGCCAAGGAGGGUUCGGUUCUGUUAGCAAAGGAAAGCUCCGAAGUGGGCAUCAUGGGAAGAUCCGCAGCAAAUGGACAAGACUUGAUCAAUGAAAUAGGAAAGUAAAUGUUGUCAAACUUGUGCUCAAAGAUCCAUCAUCCAUAAGCAAGUCGUUUGAUGAGAAAUUGAAACGUUAGGACAGUGCAUAGGUUUGAACAACACAUAGAGGGGGAACAACUCUCAUAUAAUACUGAAUAUUGCAAGUAAGAAAAAAGAUUCUAGUCAUUGGCAGUAGCUAGCUGGAGGGAGAGCAAUUCCUCCUCGGGGAUGAUCUUGAUGUGGCAAUCGGAGCGCGGGUAGGCGGCGCAAGUGAGGGCGUAGCCGCGCUCAAUGACGUCGUCGCUCAGCAUGCCCUCGCUCUGAUCGACCUUGCCGGAGACGAGCUUCGCCGGGCACGUCAUGCAUACGCCGAGCUUGCAGUCGUGCGGCACGUCGAGGCCCAUGUCCAGGGCCCGCGACAGGAUCGUCUCGUCUUCAUCGAUUUCCAGCUCCGUCAGUUUGUCGCCCUGCUCUAUCACCACUUUGUAGGCGGAGAGGCGGCCGGAAUGCCGAUUCAGAUGUGGAGUAAUUCCAUGGAAUUGGGGGGAGGGUUUCGAUUGUCUGUAGAAGUUGGGAGGGAGAGAUGGAGUUAAGCGGAGAGCUGCCAUUUUCCUUUUCGGAGUUUUGCUGU